GUGUUUAUUAAUAACUUUAUAUCUUAUUUUUUACUCUCUUUUCGCCACAAAUACAGAGCUGUCGGUAAGACAUGUCUUUUGAUCAGUUAUACGACAAACGCAUUCCCCGGCGAAUACAUCCCAACGGUAUUCGACAACUACUCGGCGAAUGUGAUGGUCGACGGAAAGCCUAUAAAUCUGGGCCUUUGGGAUACAGCCGGUCAGGAGGACUACGACCGACUUCGACCGCUUUCAUAUCCACAAACGGACGUAUUCCUGAUAUGCUUCUCUUUGGUAAAUCCGGCCUCAUUUGAGAACGUGAGGGCAAAGUGGUAUCCGGAAGUGUCCCAUCACUGUCCAAAUACACCAAUUAUUCUCGUGGGCACUAAACUAGAUCUGCGCGACGACUCCAAGACUCUGGAGAAGCUGAAGGACCGCAAACUGGCGCCCAUUACGUACCCGCAGGGGCUGGCGAUGGCCAAAGAGAUCGGAGCCGUCAAAUACCUGGAGUGUUCGGCGCUCACCCAAAAGGGCCUGAAGAAUGUGUUC